AUGGAGUUCAUAUCCACAGAUUAUUCCAGCAGUGACGGUAGUGAUACGGAAGGCGAAACGAGCAACAAAGUUGAAAUUCAGAUUAAAUCUGCCAAGGAAACCAGCACAGAGAGAGCUGAUUCUGCGGAUUUGCCCGCCAUCCCAGAUUCAAUCAUAUCGAAGUACCACAUUACGCCAAAUUUACAAAAAUACGAACAGCAAGAUAUGAAUAUAAGUCAGUUUUGGCGAUCUUUUACAUAUUUUGAGUGGCGGCCGACUCCAGCGGUUCAUCGGAAACUUCAACAAAUCAUCUAUAAAUAUAAGAAAAUGUUUAUGAAGCAGGAAUCCACCAAUCCAUACCGACUCGCGGAAUUUGACCCGCUGUUCCUCUCGCACUUGGGAGCCCCCAGACCAUUGCACAUUUCUUUAACACGAUCGCUGCCGUUCGAAACAGAAGAAAAGCGAGAUAUUUUUAUUCAGGAAGUAAGAAACGGUUUACGAGACAAUGAAAUAGCCCCAUUUACGCUUAAAAUUUCUCCCUAUCCGAGGCUCUACAUCUCAGAAAGGGCCAGUGCGUUGUACCUCGGUCUCCCCGUCUCAGAGCACUCCAGCAGUACGCAUCUCUCUCCUUUCAGAACGAUAAUAGGAAAAGCACUUCAAAAGUCAGGCAUUUCCAAUCACCAGAAACUAAUUCUGAGCCUACAAGACCUACAUAUUUCAAUCGCCAUCGCCGACAACCCCUCAAAAGCCACGCUGCAACGCUAUCAACAACUCAACGAGGUCAUGGGGGCACUUAUGCUUCUCAACGAUGAGUUCACAUACCAGCCAGCCCUUCUGAUCAAUUCUAUCUGCUGUGAUGAAAACCGCCAUUCCAUCAAAAUUCACUUCCACUGA